UGGAGCAGACUUUGGCCCUGCUGCCCUGGGCACUUAGACUUUGCCUUGCUGGACUGUAAACGAGCCACUCUGAACCCUGUGGAAGCCUCUGACACUUGCAGUGACUCCUCUGACGACUCCCCACUCCACAGGGAGCCAGAGCCAUGCGUGUGGUUGUCAUCGGGGCCGGGGUCAUCGGGCUCUCCAGCGCCCUGUGCAUCCACGAGCAGUUCCACGGGCUGGUGCCCUCCCUGGAGCUGGAGCUCUACGCCGACUGCUUCACCCCCCACACCACCAGCGACGGCGCGGCCGGGCUCUGGCAGCCCUACCUGAGCGACCUCGGCAACCUGCAGGAGACGCUCUGGAAUAAAGAGACGUUCGAUUACCUCCUCGGGCACCUGCACUCCCCAGCAGCCCAGGAAAUGGGACUUUUCCUGCUUUCUGGCUACAACCUGUUCACUGAGCCGGUGCCGGACCCAUCUUGGAAGAACAUUGUCCUGGGAUUCAGGAACUUGACACCAAAAGAACUCGAACUCUUCCCUGGUUACAGCUACGGCUGGUUCAACACGGCACUGAUGCUGGAGGGCAGGAGUUACCUGCCCUGGCUCACCAACAGGCUGACACAGAGAGGAGUGAAGUUUUUCCAUAAGAAGGUUGAGUCUUUCCAGGAGCUGUUCUCCCAGGGUGUGGAUGUGGUGAUAAACUGCACUGGGAUGCGCUCGGGGGAGCUGCAGCGGGACCCGGAGCUCCAGCCUGGCCGGGGUCAGAUCAUAAAGGUCCUGGCCCCCUGGGUGAAGCAUUUCAUCAUCACUCACGACAUGAAGUCUGGGAUCUACAAGUCUCCCUACGUCAUCCCAGGGAGCGAGUUCACGGUCCUGGGAGGGAUUUACCAGCAUGGAAACUGGAGUGAGGAGAACAGUGCCCAGGACCAUAAAACCAUCUGGGAGAGCUGCUGCCGCCUGCUCCCAGCUCUCCAGAAAGCAAAGAUCAUCAGUGAGUGGAGUGGCCUGAGACCGUCACGGCCCCAGGUUCGCCUGGAGCGGGAGAGCAUCCGGCACGGGAAUGUCCAGGGAGAGGUGAUCCACAACUACGGCCACAGCGGGUUUGGGAUCACCAUCCACUGGGGCUGUGCCAUGGCAGCAGCCCGGCUCUUUGGGAGCAUCCUUCAGGAGAGGAGGAAGGUGGCCAGUUCACCACAGCCCCGCUUGUGAGUGCCUGCUCACCUGGAUCAUCCCAACAGCAGUAGCUUAGAAAUCACACAGAACGAUGGGAAUAGCACAGGGAUACAUGUGGGUGCUUGACCCUCCACAGCUCCAGCUCUGGGCCACAGUGCCUCACUGCCCUUAUCCAGACAGCUCAGCUCCCUGCACAACCUGCCCAAGGAAGGGCUUUAAAAUCUGGACUAAUUACCCAUGGCAAAGCGCAGUCCUGUCUGGGAUCAGCCUGCAAAGGGCAGGCAGGGUUCAGCUGAAACCCUGACAGCCCUGCAGUUCAUCUGCACAUGGGACAGGAUCUGAAACCAAGCCGGUGCCACCUGAGGUCUCCCCUGGUGCUCCAACACCCAGCGUGUAAUUAGAUUUCCAGGCUCCCCCCAGGAGGCAAAAGCUCCUUAGUAGGAAGAAGCUCUGAGGCUCCCAGGGAAGUAACAACAGCUCUGGGAGCACGUGCCUGGGUUCCACCAGCUUUCCUCCCAUUCCUGCCAGGACAAAGCCCAGGGCUGCAGCACCUGGUUAGUGUAGCUGGGAACAGACAGCAGCACUUGCCUAAAAUGGGCCUUCCAAAGGAUGUUUUAGCAACAAAAGCAACUUGUUCCAGCCCUGGACUUGCCAGGUUCUAUAUAUAGCAGAGAGCAAAAUAGCUCUUCUUGUCCCUAAAACUCCCAUGGGCCCCUCAGUUUCCCAUUUCUCCCAGCUGUGGGACGUGGCUGGGACACAGCUCGGAGAACAGGGCUGGCUCGGGGCAGGUUGUGCUUCCCAGAGGAGUUGGGGCAGCUCCCAGGAGGGCAGGAUUGUUUGGGGUGGUCAGGGAUGCUCCUGGGGAUCCAACACACUGUUCUGAAGGUACAGCCUGGCUGAUUUUUCAGUGCCAUGUGUCUUUCCUGCUCUGCAAGCCAUCCCAGGCAGGGCACUGGCUGGUCAGGAAGCAUUACCCUCAAAUCCGAAGGCUGUCCUGAGCCCAGCACAGUGCCUGACUCACUCUCCUCCACGGAUAAGCCAACUGUUCCUUACUCAACCGUGAUGCAGCUCCUCUCUCCCUAUGACUCCAUGUGCCAGGAAUAGCUCCUCAGCCUGGGCUGUGCUGCACCUUGGGAACGGGAGAUGCUGCAAAUCAGCAGCAUUACAAGGGAAUUCUCAUGCCUGUGGAACUCCAGCCCAAGGAAAAGACUCACUGUUGAAGGCACAGUGAGAGCAGAAUUGAAGUUCCUCUGGCUGUGAUUUUGGCCCAGUGCUGGUGCUCCUCACAUCCCUGAGAAAUAUAAAACUUGCAAUGGUAUCCGGGGUUUGGGCUUCCUGGCUGCAGGACAUCAUCCCUUUGGCUGUGCUGACAGCUGUAAGGGAGGUGAGACAGUGUCCAGAGAAGGGAAGGGUCCAGAAAUUGGGAGCCACUGUCAGUGGCAGUCUGUCCACCCUCUGGCAGCUCACCUGAGAUGCUGCAGCCUCAGGGUAAAAUCGGGAGUAGGGCAGGAAAAUGAAAACCAGAACUGGAGAAAAUUCACCACCAAGUAAUGCUGAACCCAGUGGCCUGUGAUCCCACCUCAGGAGAAGCCACUCAGAGGAACUGAAUCCCUUUGAUUUCACUUAUUCCAAAUAUGAGACAGUCAGGACCACAUUCUCAUCUGCUGUAAAUCCAAACUGUGUGAUCUCAGAAAAGCUACACUGGAAGAGCAGGGGAGCAGGAAAUCACUGUAUACCUUCAAUGAGCAGCUGAUCCUUCUGGUCUCAGAGCUUACAGGAGCCAGUGUCCUGUGAUCUCACAUGGCCUCUCAGGAAACAGGAAUGAUUUGAUCUGUAAUUUUAUUUACAGGCUAAUUUUGUUUGCUCUCUAAAGGCACAAUUUCAUAUUUGUGAACAA